AGUAAGUGUCAAAAUCUUAAGUCGAAAACGCUCAAAAACAUAACUCGUAUAACCGUUGUACAAUAAUAAUAUUGUCUACCACUAUUAUUACUACCGACCACUACCACUAGCACCACCACCAUCCAUAACUACAUAAUAUUACUCUUGUAACUCCAACGAACAAUCUUCGGUAAAAUGCUGGGAACCAACCUUUAACGUUUUUUCGUAGUGUAUUACUCUAUACAAACGUACACGACACUAUGCCGCACCGUCAAUCCAAUCCUGAGCGUCACCCUGUUUAGCAGCUAUUGUAAAUAGUCAUAAUCGUUUGAUAACUGAUAUUAUAUCAUUGUAUUAAUAUAUAUUACCUGAUAUACCCAUAAAAACAAUUAUGCUCGCAACUACGGAUAAGAACAACGGCGAAUCAGACUCGGUGGCCCGAGGCAAUCUUAGACAGCCGACCAGGGUGUUUAAGAAGAGCUCGCCGAACGGUAAAAUCACUGUUUACUUGGGAAAAAGGGAUUUUGUUGACCACAUCACCAACGUUGACCCUAUUGACGGCGUAGUGUUGGUCGAUCCCGAUUAUGUCAAAGGAAGAAAGGUAUUUGGCCAUGUUUUAGCUGCCUUCCGAUAUGGUCGCGAAGACUUGGAUGUGCUGGGCUUGACUUUUCGAAAAGAUCUCUAUAUAGCCUCCGAACAAAUAUAUCCUGUUGGCAAUAUACGUACUCCAACUAGGCUACAAGAACGUUUGAUCAAGAAACUUGGCCCAAAUGCUAUACCAUUUUAUUUUGAAUUGCCACCUCAUUGCCCAGCAUCUGUUACGCUGCAACCAGCUGCGGGCGAUACAGGAAAACCGUGUGGAGUAGACUAUGAGUUCAAAGCGUUUGUUGGCGAUACAGCCGAAGACAAACCUCACAAGAGAAAUUCAAUAAGGCUGGCUAUUAGGAAAAUUAUGUAUGCACCCAAAAAAGAGGAAGUGCAACCAUCUGUUGAAGUGUAUAAAGAAUUUGUUAUGAGCCCGAACAAGUUAUACUUAGAAGCAUCCUUGGACAAAGAGCUUUACUACCACGGGGAAAGUAUAUCAGUCAAUGUCCACAUAGCCAACAAUUCUAACCGAACUGUAAAAAAAGUAAAAGUUUUUGUAAGACAAUUUGCCGAUAUAUGUCUGUUUUCAACUGCCCAAUAUAAAUGUACUGUUGCUGAACUAGAGAGUGAAGACGGUUGUCCUGUUGGUCCUGGUUUCACUUUGUCCAAAGUAUAUACAGUAAAGCCAACUCUACAUAAUAAUAAAGAUAAACGUGGAUUAGCUUUGGAUGGGCAGUUGAAGCAUGAAGAUACAAAUCUUGCGUCUUCGACAAUAGUGAGCAAUCCUUCACAAAAAGAAAACCUAGGAAUUAUUGUUCAAUAUAAAGUGAAGGUAAAACUGUGUCUGGGUACUCUAGCUGGUGAAUUGACAGCUGAACUUCCAUUUAUUUUGAUGCACCCCAAGCCUGAAGAGGAAGUGCUUCCAAUAUCCAAUAAUGUUGCAAUCUCUGGUACAGCAGUUGAUGACAACGGUGUACGCGUAGAUAAUUUGAUUGAAUUAGAUGAAGAUAGCCCUGCACCACCUCACGAUGAAGAUAUCAUUUUUGAAGAUUUUGCUCGUUUAAGACUAAAAGCUGGUAAUGAUUAAUUGAAAUAAACAUGUAAAUCUGGAUGAAUUUAUGAAUUAUUUCAUUAUUCAGUCUAGAGUAUAGGUAAAUAAUACAUACAUCUACUGGAUGUGUUUCUGUCAAAUAGAAUCACAGUGAGUCUAUUUAAAUUGUACAGACUUCAAUGGAAAUCAUGAAAAUUCCUAAAACUGAUAGAAAUCAAAUUCUAUGAUAAUUGUUAAAGGAUACAAUGCAAUUAUAAGAAACUUUUAAUUUUUUGUCGGAACUUAAUGCGCAAUACUGUUAACAUUGAUCUAAUUAUUUAGAGCCCAAGGAUAGGGCAAAGAUUUAUCAUUUAAUUCAAUUUUUAAAUUUGUUAUUAUCAAGUAUUCAAUACAUCCUCUAUUAGACUUUUAAUAUUAUUUUUGUAGCCUAAUUAUGUAAUUAUUACCAAAUUAUAUAAAAAUUCACUACUAAUUUAAUAUUAUAUAUCUGUAAUUUUUAUUAAAACCAAAUAAAAAUAGUUAGAUAAUAAUUACUAUUUAGGCAUUUAAUUUAUUUAUAAAGUGAAAUUUAGGAAAUUGGUUAUUUAUAGUGAUCUAAAAUCUAUUGAGUAGGUAGGUACCAUAUAAAAAAAACUGAUGACACUAUUAGGUUUAAAAUAAAAUUGUUUUUAAAAACAUUAAUUGGACGUUUGUACAAUAUUAUUUUAUUUUUACUAUUAAUACUUUUUUAUGAUUAAAAUAUAUUUGUGCGCAUUCAAAGUUUAUUUAAUAUGUUUACACAAGUAGUUUUAACAUUCCUCCAAUUGUUAAACAUCGAAUCAAUCAUAUUUUAAUUUAUUUUCUAGUGUAUUUUUAAAAAUUUUAUAUCUUUUUUUCUUUGAAAGAUCUAUACUAUAAAUAUAAAUUAUCAUUCAAAAUGCUAAAAUGUUAAUUACAAUUAUCCAAGCCUAAAAAUUUAGUAAGUUCCUACCUAAAAUAUAUUUUAUAGGUAGUAUAAUAUUAUAUUAUAUAACCAAUACCUAUUAAUACUCAAAUGCAGCGCACCAGCAUUUUUUUUUGUGCCAAAA